AUGGCGCAUCCCGACAGACUUGCCACUCAGAGCCUUCUCCCUGGUGGGUUUGGAAAAGAAAGAACAUGUGUCUGGCCAGCCCUGCUCGGAGUCUGCAUUCCGUCAGAACCUCCUCUGUAUGUAGAGGUCUCUCCAGAACCUUCUACAAACGAUCCGCCCCAUCCUGACGAGCGUCAAGUACGUUUGGACAUUGACCAGAGCUUUGUGAUGUAUUCCGCAGACGAUAAUGACGAUAGUCGCCGAACUGUAUUGCAAACUUCUCUCCACAGUUUGAUCGUUUCCCUCCUCAGGAAGCGUCGAAAGUUGUACUAUUUCCAAGGAUACCAUGGCAUUGUCACUGUUGUCUUUCUAACUCUUCCACCAGAACUUCAGCUCCCUUGUAUAGAAAAGCUUUCCCUCCAUCGAUUGAGGGACUCUAUGGGACCCAC